UACUUCGGGAAGCAAAAGAAAUUCCUCGACAGAGCUGAUCGUUGGUUUCAAUCUCAGGGAAUUAUGGCGCUUAAUUCCCCAACCCGCUGCGCGGCUCCACUGACCCGCUCUGUUCCACCUCGUUUGCCUCUCGCUUUCUUCAAUCGGACCUUCUCCAGACCCGGAUUUUCCACCGAAGUCCCGGCCGCCAGGCUUGUCUCCGUUCGUUGCCAGGCGCCCAGUCCGGACGGCUUCGCGUCCAAGCGCUCAGUGAGUUUGGACGAAUCCGAAGCUUCGAUCGGGUCCUCGGGUUCUUCAUCCGCGUCCUCCGCCAUUGAUUUUCUCACAUUGUGUCACCGUCUCAAGACCACAAAAAGGAAGGGUUGGAUCAAUCAGGGAAUAAAGGGUCCAGAGUCCAUCGCAGAUCACAUGUACCGCAUGGCUUUGAUGUCUUUGAUUGCUGGUGACGUUCCAGGCUUGAAUAGAGAGAGGUGUAUCAAGAUAGCAAUUGUGCAUGACAUCGCAGAAGCUAUUGUUGGAGAUAUAACACCAUCUGAUGGUGUACCGAAAGCAGUAAAGAGCAAAAUGGAGCAAGAAGCAUUGGAUGAAAUGUGUUUAGUUCUCGGUGGAGGGAUUAGGGCUGAAGAGAUCAAAGAACUUUGGUCAGAGUAUGAAAAUAAUUCGUCCAUAGAGGCUAAUCUUGUGAAAGAUUUUGACAAAGUUGAAAUGAUUCUGCAAGCAUUGGAAUACGAAAUGGAACACGGAAAGGUGCUGGAUGAGUUCUUCAUUUCGACAGCAGGCAAAUUCCAAACUGAACUAGGAAGAAGUUGGGCAGCUGAGAUCAUUGCUAGAAGAAAUUCACGGUUGGGCAAUACUCGCGACUGAUUUCUUCAUGUAGUAACAUUCGAUGCCAAGCCUCCUUUUAGAAGUUGGCCGUCACCCAGCCGCACAAGUUCCUUGUUAACCAUUUUCGUCUUCUCACAUAAAAGGAAAACAACGAUCUUCUAUUCCAGAAUCCAGAGAUCCCGGUAAGAUCUGCAUUUGCAGCUGUGCAAUCCGAGCAUGCAUCCAUGGAGGCCCUGGUGGAAGAAAAGGUAUUCUAAUUUCAACUAGAUUAAGCUGUUGCCUGAACACAACACUCGAAAGGGUAGUUUCCGUGAGCCUUCGGCUUCAAGUUAGUUCAGUACUUCUCGUUUUUCAUUUUCCCAAUUAGUUAGUUUCUUUUCCAUGUACUGAAAAUACACUGAUUAGAGAAACUUAUCUGCACAUGUGAUGUUACGUCAUGGUUGCAGUAACUCAACCUUGACAUGGCGUGAUUGGUUUAUGAUACCGUAAUAUUUACAUGA